AGUAAAUGGUCUUGAAAACUCACCAUCGCGCGUCUUUCAGAAGGUUGUCAGCCGCAGGUUUGGCAUUUUCACUGCAUGACUGAACACCAACAUCAACAGUGACGUCAGGUGAGUUUAUUUCUGUGGCAGCAACUGGCUCUUCAAUGCGUAUAUCACCACGAGCAAAAGCAGUUUGCAAAUCUGAUGCUUCUGCAAGUAGUUGGGACAUGGAAUUCAACGCAUCCUCAACCUGUUGAUUGUAAUCAUUGCGCAUGCGGUGCUAAUAGCUACGGACAGCUAAGCCAAGGUCAUGCUGAAGAUAUAUUAUGUCCUACACGCAUUUCUUUCUCGAAUGAAGUUCACUUGUUGGCAGGCGGUGGAGGGCAUACAAUGCUAAUUGAUGGCAAUGGAAAUGUCUACUCCUGUGGAUGGAAUAAAAAAGGGCAACUUGGUCUGGGAGACGUCGAUGACAGACAUCAUUUCCAACAUGUGCCCAACCUGACAGCUGUAAAAUUCGUUGCUUGUGGAUGGAAUCAUACGCUGAUUAUCACGGACAAUCACCGUCUGUUUGUAUUUGGUUGUAACACAUUUGGACAGCUUGGACUUGGAACAGCAAAUGGUUGCUAUCUCUCUCCAACACCAUGCCAUGUUGGACAGGGUGUGAUUCAUGUUGGAGCUGGAUUACGACACUCAGUAGUACUACUUGAUGAUGGCACUGUUUGGUCCUGGGGAGACAAUAAAAAAGGACAAUUGGGAAUUCCAGGGCUACAAAUGAAAAGAGUUCUAAAGCCAAUGAAAGUUAGUCGUCUCAUGGAAAAAUGUAUCCAAGUCAUAGCAGGAUCACAACAUUCAGCUGUUUUAACAGAGAGUGGUCAAGUAUUUUGCUGGGGAUCCAAUCAACAUGGUCAGUGUGGUCUACCUGUGUCUAGUGAGGCUGGCUUGUUUGAUGAACCUCAGCUAAUUGGAGGAGCCUUGUCCAAUCACAACGUCACUUCUAUACAUAGUGGCUGGAGUCACCUCAUUGCACAAAUAGGAGUAGAUGAUGUUUACAGCUGGGGUAGAAGUGACUAUGGUCAACUAGGAUUAGGAGAUGAGAUUGUACUACAAAGAUACAGCUCUUUUCCAUCAAAAAUACCAAAUCUUAACAACAUCAAACAUAUGAUGUGUGGAGCUGAACACAAUAUUGCUUUACUAGAAAAUGGCAAGGUUUUGACAUGGGGAUGGAACGAGCAUGGAAUAUGCGGUUCUCAAGACGAGGCUAAUAUUCAUCGACCAAGGCUUGUUAGUUUACCUGAAGAUUUUCGUGCUGUACGUGUUGGUUGUGGCGGAGGACAUACAUUUAUAGCGCUAAAACCAAAGUAAAUUCAAAGUGUAUAUAAUAUUUAUUCUAUAACAAAAGAGUAGUAUCGUCUUAUUCAAAUGUCAAAGAACUUGAACUUUGAACUUCUUUCAAAUUAUUCCUUUGUGCUUCAUCACUAAAUUAUUUCUCCUAUGARUUUUUAGAAUCGAUUUGCAAUGGAUUUUUUUCUAAUAUUUAGUUAGAUUUAGAUUUCUAAUAAUUUAUAUCCGUUAGCACAGUAGCGGCAGUAGCAUAGUGCUUUAAGACGGAUAAUUUAGGAGGAACCGACGGGCUCUUGGGAGAAAUAUGUCCCAGCCAGCUGUAAGUCACAACUGGUUGCCAGCGAGAAAUUCAGGAAAAUUAUAAUCAAAAUUACUAAAAACAAACAUCUUAUAAAAAACUCUCCAGGCAAAGAAUACUUUCUAAGAAUUUUUGCCAUGAAAAUAAAAAUUUCCUAAAUAAAAAAGAAUGUAAACUGUUUUUGUCUAUAAAAACGUUUGCCAG